UCAUGUAAAAAUAAAAACAUUUUUAGGCUCAAAGGCUGGUUGUGGUACUUGUGAUGAAAAUAAAAUUGAAAGUUCCUGUGUUGAUUGUAGAGGACUAAAUUGUAAUAUAAAAGCUAAACUAAAGGAAAGUGUUUUUUGUUAUGAAAGAAAAGAAAAUGGAAACGAGAAGGAAGGGGGUAGACCUUGCAAUUCGAAAUUUUGUUUUAUUACUGUGGAUGUUAAUAAAGGGAUGUGGCAAAUGUCCUCGUUCUUCAACAAAUAAAAUUCCAUGUAGAGAAUGUAAAACAGAUUUAUGCAAUACAGAAAAGUAUUUUAAAGAAGUAAGGUUUUGUUGGGUUAGAGAUAUUGCUGCAUGUCCUUUAAAUAUAUGGAAUGGAUUUUGUUAUUAUACUGUGAGGAAUAAAAAAGUUCAGCAAGGAUGUGGGAAAGGACCUAAACUCGAAAUAAAUGUUUUAAAUGUUCAUUGUAAUGGGCAACUUUGCAAUACAAAAGAAUUAUUUGAUAAAACAUUUUUUUGUUUAAAUAAAGGGAAAGAAGAAAAGUCGUUAGGAGCUGUUAUUUGUAAGGAAAGAAGUUGUUUAGUUCGUCGAUAUUUUGAUGGAAAAUUAGAACAAGGAUGUGGAAAGUGUCUAAAAAAUAAAACAAAUUUAAGCAAUAUACAAUGUGCCCAAUGCCAUAAAAAUUCAUUUUGUAAUACUGAUACUUUCUUUGAAAGUCAAAUAUUUUGUUGGGAGAAGAGUGCUUUAAAUUGGAUAAAAAAUAAGGGAACGAGGGUUUGUAAAGUUGGUGUUUGCUUUGUUGGGGUUGAUAAAAAUAAAAUGGGUAAAUUUAUAUAUUUAUCUUAA